AUGACAAAUUAUAUAGCAGACGAAAUUGUAGACAAAUAUGGAUGUAAUCAUUCGCGGUACGAACCUACGAAAAAAUAUUUUUACAUUAAAGAAUUCGUAAAAGGUCCUUUUGGUACAAGUCUUAUAUCCGAACCUUAUUUUUUACUCAAUCAGUUUUGGCUGAAUCGAUUAAAUGAAAAUGAAAAUGAAAUGCACAACGAAGAUUUAAAUAUAAUUAGAAAUUUGAGAAAGCGUUAUCGCUUGUAUUUAGGUCAGGGUAUUCCAGAUCCGAGUACGAUAGUUCCCUACGUAGGAAAAUUCGAUCCGAACAAUCAAGAAUGUCCACCGUGGUUUUCAAAUAAUAAUAAUUAUUUAUUUUGCGACGAUGUUAAAAAUCGUAAAAAAUGUUUUUGUUGCGAAAAAAAUUAUUUGUUCGAAUGUCCCGACACGUGCAACGAUGACGUCAACAACUCAAAAUGUUUAAAUUGUCCAUGUGAUAUUUGUCAUACUAAAAAUCAAGAUCUUGCGUCCUGCGAUUCCCUUCAACCACCCUCAUGUUCUUUAAAAAACAAUCAUGUAAAGUGUUUGGCGGCGAGAGGGGGCCACAAACAAUUGUGUAAAAAGAAAGGUUUUCGGGGACUCGACAAAUCGAAUCGGUUUUUCCGGGACAACAAUUUUCCACGUUGUUGCCCACAAUUGAACGACCACCAAUCGUUUAAAAGUUGCACUUGUAAUAAUUUAGACAAAUCGGUUUUAGUUGCCACCGUUCAGAACGUUAAAAACUGCGGAACGAGUUACGAUAAUUUUCCACCCUUGAAAGAAAAAAAAUGUAUACACUCGUUUAAAAAUUGUACGGAACCGGAAACGGUUUUAAAAGAUGUUAAAUCCGUUCUCGUCAACGAACUCAAAGAAACGUGUUCGAAAAAAAUACAAACGGAAAUGCCGCCGAUUUGUAAUUUCGUCGAUAAAUCAAUACAAACGACAAACGGAACGGAAACGAAAAAAAUGCCGAAAAAAUGCGAAUGCACGGAAAAUUGUCAUUUGUGCAAGGGAGAAGAAAAAACUAAUAGUCAUAAUAAUAAUAAUAAUAAUACAAUUUGUCCGAAAAAAAAUCCUACGAAUGUUGAAAAAUGCAAAUGUUGUCAGUUAAAUUCAUGUUUGGAAAGUCAUGCCUUGUGUUGUAAAGAAAGUAAAAUAAAUAAUUGUCAAGAGGAUAAAACGAAAACAAAAUGUCCGAUUGCCGAAUUGACUCAAUUGAAAAAAACAAUAUAUGAUAAGUAUUUAAAUGGCGAAGAUUUAGAAAGGAAAAAUGGAUUUUUGUUACACGGCACGGAUUCUUUACAAUAUGAAGAUUUUGGUCGAUUUAAAUCUAUGGAAUAUUUUGAUAAACGUGAAACGAAAAUGAAUUAUAGAAAUAUUUCGACGAUGACACGUAUUGACGAGGACGAUAUCGAAGAAAAAUCAGUUAAAGUUAAAUAUUUAAAUGAAUUGCUGAGUAAAGAAUCACUUGCCUAUGGAUUACGUAGUAAGUGUAGGAAAGGUGAAAAAGAACCUAAACGUAAAAAGAGAAAAAGUAUUUCGAAGCGAAGUAGUAAAACGUCAGAUUAA